AUGUGCGAGCAACAGAAAUUGUUCAAAGAUAUCAUUGACAACAGCAAAGCUUUGAAGAAUGUAUGCCAGAAGUCUCACCUUGCCAUUAAAUGCAAAGAAAAGAACUGUGAAUGCAAGCCAAAAAAGAAAGCACAUUACAAGAAGCAUCCCUCUGGGUUGAAACCCCCUUUCAAGCAAAAGAAAGGAAGAAAGUCAGUCAGAUAUUUUCGAAAGAAAAGAACGGGUACAAAGAAGUCUGACAGGUGCUUUGUCUGUGGCAAUCAAGGUCAUUAUGCCAAAAACUGCCCAAAAAACCCCAAUAAGGCAGUUAAGCUAUUACAACAUAUACAACAGGCUUCUCACAUCUCCCUAGAGCAUGAUGAUGUUGAAUCCCUGUUCUCUGAACAGGAUGAGCCCGAUGAAGAUAUAGUCUUUGCCCUUGGAGUAGACACUGGAUUAGAAGAAGAUUACUCAUUCACUUCAGAAGAAUCCAGUUCAGAUACUGAAACCCAUUACCUGUCGCUUCUGUUGCAAUUCUCUCCAAACUCAAGUGCUUGA